ACAUGUUAAUUUUAUUGAAUGGACCGGGUAUACCUUUAAUUUAAGAGUGCUCUCAACACUCACGGUCUUUUAGACCUGGACAUAUGGUGUCUGCGUACCUAAUUCUACAUUGCGUAAGGUUUUUUAAGUACAGAUCCAAGUAAAGCAAAAUAAGUUUUCCAACUCUAAAGAGUGCUACUUCUGUUCGAUUUGUUUCUCGAGACGAGCAGGAUUAGGCAACGGAUACAAACCUUGCCAAUUAAAAUAUUUCAGCAAAAAUCGUCUAUAACGUACUUUCGAAAGGAUAUAGUUUCGCCAAUGAUGGAGCAACAUCAGAUUUUCUCUUGCUUUAUUCUGCUAACGUGUCUGGUCUCAUAUAUUCCAAGCGGUCAAGCUGAAAUAUACUCGGCGUUGUUCCGUCUAAAGAAUGCUUUUGCGGAGGAAGGCAAAGCAUUGGACUCCACUAACGAGGUUUUGAAGAGUUUGGCGAAGUCCACUCUGGAGGAAGCUGGGGUUAGGGAUUUUGAAAGGUUCGUUUUUGAAACAACAAACAAACACGACACCGGUACCACACAGGGGACAGAAUACAUGGAGCAUCCAGUCAACGUAUAUCACGUGAUCAGAAGAAUGGCACAGGAUUGGCCGAAAAAGUUGAAACUCAUUUUUGAGGUGGAGGAUAAAUCGAUUCAGAAACUGUACCAGUCACUUUCAAAUCUGACCACGACAGCUAACAAAUGGCCGUCCAUAUUAGACAAGAACGGGGUAACCUUGCAGCUUAUCCGAAUCCAAGCCUUGUACCUUCUUGAUAUUCACGAGCUAGCUACGGGGACCCUCAAUGGCACCACCACAGACCCUCUCGCCCUGGAUGAGGUCUUCGACGUCGCUCUGUUUGCUUACGACCGGGGCAUGUUCUACGAAGCGGUGUUAUGGUAUGAAGGAUUGGUCGAGGAGAUUCUGAAGGGAGGCAAAGGAAAGGUUACACUGUCUAAAGCAGCACGGGGGUUAGCUUCAUCGUACUUUAGAUAUGAGAAUUACAAGAAACCAGUUGAAGUCCUCGAAGAAGCUUUAAAGAAAGAACCGGAUGACAAAAGACUACAAGUGGACCUGGACUACUACAGGCAAAAACUGGCAGAUAAACAAACGGAUGGGGUCGAGGUUGAUAAGAAAUUGGAGCCCCUUGAUAAUCCCAAUUACUCACAUGCAAAGAAAUAUUUUGCAAUGUGUAGAGGCGAUAUCAAAAAGCCAGAGUCAUACAGAAAGAAAUUAAAGUGCAAAUACAGGCGGACGGACAUCCCGUAUCGCCCGGCAAAAAUGGAAAUCGUUAAUUUAGAUCCGUUGGUUGUAAUGUUCCAUGACGUCAUUUAUGAUGAUGAGAUGCAACUGGUGAAGAGAAUGGCGAAGCCGCAUAUGACCCGCUCUCUUAUACGGGGCCGUACAGAAACGGAUGGUGAGGUCUCAGAUGGCCGUCUUAGCGACACAGCAUGGUUCGACGACAGAACGCGACUCAUUGCCAGGCUCAGUCGCAGGGUUCAGGAGACCACGGGCCUUUCUACAGAAAUACACGAAGUCGCAACCCAUGCUGAAAACAUGCAGGUACUCAAUUAUGGUUUAGGAGGAAUGUAUGAGCCGCAUGAAGAUUAUUUCGGGAGUGAAAAGAAUCAAGGAACAAACAAAUAUGUCGUAGGCUCAGGAGAUAGAUUAGCCACGUGGAUGUUCUAUAUUAAUGAGGUCAAGGUAGGCGGCGCCACUGUAUUCCCGAAAUUUGAAGCAAGAGUUCCGGUAGUGAAAGGUGCUGCCGUCUUCUGGGCGAAUUACUUCGUCAACGGAACUGCCGAUGCUAGGACGACUCACGCGGGAUGCCCUGUAGUGAUUGGAUCAAAAUGGGUUAUGAACAAAUGGAUCCGUACUCGUGCACAGAUCAAUAGAUGGCGGUGCUCCAAGAGAAGAUAUGCGAGAACACCUGCCAUAUAUCUGUGAUUAUGCAUAGCGACAUGUUACGACUGUAAGAACUGGAAUCCUGUCGACACGUCACGGGAAAGUCCUAACUUUACGCCAUACUGUGAAUAGCAGCUGACUUACCGUUGACGUUGUUAUCGUUCCAAAUAAGGUAUAGGUUGGUACAGUGAGAAAGAGAAUCCAUUAAUCCUAUUAUAAUACGCUACAAUAAUCUGAAAUGUGAUAGGUUUUUUAAAAAAAGUAGGCCUGGAAAUAAAGCAUGUACAAUUUACUCAGCCUAAAUCAUGAUGGGGUCGGAAAAACGUAUAUUUAAAAUAAAGAUAUCUAAAACUAUAUGAAAUUCCGUUUAAAUUAAAUGCUUAUCCCUCCACUUGAGCACCAUUGCCAGCUUAUUUCGACCUACCGGGCUUUAGCCUACAACUUUUGUGGCACAGUUGUCCUUUUUACUUUGAUCAAGCAAUACCAAUAUUAUUAUUAUAUUAUCACGAUGCGUCGUACCGAAACACCGAAUCGUAUAUAAAGCUUCUACGUUUCGCAGCAUUGCUUACAUGAUUUAUCCUUAAUAGAUUUUUCUGUUGGUCGACAGUCACUAAGUUUUCUUCGAAACCUAGAUUUUUGCUUUCGGCCUCAACGAUCAUAAUACGUAGGUUCACAUGUAAUUGUAUUAUUCCUUCUUGUUUCAUGGCGAUAUUGAAAGGGUUUCUUGAACAGCACAAUACUCUAAAGCCUCCCAGUUUCGGCAGAAAAGAACGAAAUCGACCGAUGAAAAGUCCUAGUCUUUGGUUUGUUGUUAAGUAUUGGCACUCGCCAAUAACCGGUAACGUGCGCCAUUGCUUUCGACUCAGGCCUUGGUAAAUGUUGCGGAUAAUAACCAAUUUCAGGCAGUUACUCAUUACAAAUGUUAAAACGACAUCCGUUUCAUAAAAUAAAUCUAAGAAGAAGGUAAACAGGAUACCACUGGGGAUUCUCGUUGCAGUUGUCUGAUUAAGUAGUAGGGUAUAGAUCAGUUCGUUAUCUUCAUGCGUUCGAAGGGCGGUGUAUGUGGUCAAAGACAGCACCAUAUACUCUGGUAACUUACAGUGAAACGCGAAAGUGUUCAUGUCAGUGGUGAGAAACGGGAGUGCAGUGUCGGUAACAGAAACACACCUCUCUUUGCUUGGAAUAAGUAAACUCCCUAUAAACCUUCCUGCUGAAAAAUCAAAUAUCUUGGCAUCGCUAAUGACUCGUUUCACACCGGACUUCUUGAGAGGAAUGUAAAGUAGAUAAUUCAAAACUGGGUGUAUAUUACAUACUUUAAAUGGUGUGUAGUUGGUGGAGUUAUAAAGGACUCGGAAAGCCUUAUUUUUGGUGUUAUAGAGAAUGACCCUGUUCCAAGGUACGGGUUCAUCAACAUACUGUACGAUUACCAAUGCCCUCGUUGGGUGAAAUCGAACUUUUUUUCCAUUCGCAUUAAUUGACGGGAUAAAAUUGAGAGUACGGCCUAAACGGUAGUUCAAAAUAUGAUUUUCCUGUUAAAAUAAACGAAAUAAUGUUAUGAUGCCGAAUCAAUCGAUGUUUUUGCUAAUAGAACGUUAAAGACGGGCUGUUUUUCUGAAAACCCGAUAUGUUAUGUUUGGCCUUCCAAAUGUAAGAUUUUUGUUAUAGUUUGGAUGUUGAAUGCACUUUAAUAGACGUAUUUAUGAAGCUUACAACCAAUUCUACAACAUUUUAGAGGUAAUUGGCUAGGUGGGCGACCUCAAAAAGCAUGCAUUCCGAAAUAGCAAAAUGAAGAAAUUCGAAAUAUGAGGUGGCCCAACACUAUUGGCAAAAAAUUAAUUCAUGCGUAUAUAUAGAUAGAGAGUUCUGCAGUUGGUUCUUCUUGUCCUUCAUGUGUCAGUACAGCAAACGGGUUGUUUGUUGUCAAGUCAUAUAUCUAUUUUUCUUUCUUGAAUAUAUCAGUAUAUAGUAAUAUUGCAUG